AUGUUGAAGGGAAAAGCAGUGCCUAAGCAGAAGAAAGGUUGGCCAGAGUCACUACGAGAAUUUCAGUCUAGGUUUGGGGAGAAGAUGAAACUUGUGUCAAAGAAACGUUGGAAAUCUCUUGCACCUCUUCAUCUGAAAAGCAAAUCAGUAGCACGGUUUUGCUUCUUUUCAAAACUAAAGUCAGGCAACCAUGGUCCAGGCCGUACACCAGUCUAUCUCAAUGUUUAUGAUUUGACUCCUAUUAAUGGAUAUAUCUAUUGGGCAGGCCUUGGUAUAUUUCACUCUGGUGUAGAAGUUCAUGGAGUAGAAUAUGCAUUUGGUGCCCACGAUUAUGCAACGAGUGGUGUUUUUGAGGUUGAACCACGGGAAUGCCCGGGCUUCAAAUUCAAGAAAUCAAUAUUCAUUGGAACCACGACUUUAAAUGCAACACAAGUGAGGGAGUUUAUGGAGGACAUGGCUUGCAGUUACUACGGGAAUAUGUAUCACUUGAUUGUUAAGAACUGCAACCAUUUCUGUCAGGACGUUUGCUACAAGCUCACUGGCAAAAAGAUCCCAAAAUGGGUUAAUCGGCUUGCACAAAUAGGUUCUGUAUGCAGCUGCAUACUUCCCGAGUCCCUCAGGAUCACAGCGGUUUGCCAUGAUCCGAACGGCCAAAGCCCCGAGGAAGAAAACGAAAAGAAAAGUCUUACGAGCUCAUUCAGCUGUUUGUCCUCCAUCUCCAUGAGACAAAGACAGCUUUCGACAUCAUCGUUAUUCCUACAAUCACCUCUCAGGGGUUGCUUACCUCCAUGGCAACUAAAACGAUCAAAAUCUAACAGUAGUUCCUUGAAAGAAAGGUAG